UACUCGCCCGCGGCGUGCGGAGGGAAGGAUGCAGACUCCGCGGCCGGCGAUGAGGAUGGAGGCCGGGGAGGCAGCGCCACCGGUGGGGGCGGGCGGCUGCCCCGGGGGCGGCUGGGGCAAGUGGGUGCGGCUGAACGUUGGGGGUACGGUGUUCCUGACCACCCGCCAGACGCUGUGCCGGGAGCAGAAGUCCUUCCUUAGCCGCCUGUGCCAGGGCGAAGAGCUGCAAUCAGACAGGGAUGAGACCGGGGCCUACCUCAUUGACCGGGACCCCACUUACUUCGGGCCCAUAUUGAAUUUCCUCAGGCAUGGCAAAUUGGUGCUGGACAAGGACAUGGCUGAGGAGGGGGUCCUGGAGGAAGCUGAGUUCUACAACAUCGGUCCUCUGAUUCGAAUCAUCAAAGACAGGAUGGAGGAGAAAGACUACACAGUGACCCAGGUGCCACCCAAGCAUGUGUACCGCGUGCUACAGUGCCAGGAGGAGGAGCUCACACAGAUGGUCUCCACCAUGUCCGACGGCUGGCGCUUCGAGCAGCUGGUGAACAUCGGCUCCUCCUACAACUACGGCAGCGAGGACCAGGCCGAGUUCCUGUGUGUGGUGUCUAAGGAGCUCCACAGCUGCCCACACGGCCUGAGCUCAGAGUCCACUCGCAAGACCAAGAGCACGGACGAGCAGCUGGAGGAGCAGCGGCGGCAGGAGGUGGAGGAGGUGGAGGUGGCCCAGGUGCAGGUGGAGGCGGAUGCCCAGGAGAAAGCCCUGUCAUCUCAGGAUCCCGCUAACCUUUUCUCCCUCCCACCACCGCCUCCUCCUCCUCCGCUUCCUGCUGGAGGUCCUGCUUCAUCUUCAUCCACCUCCUCUUCCUCCUGGAUCUCAUCUGCACCCUGCCUCUUCCCUCUCUGCCCCUGCCCAGGUUUCCUCUCCGCCUGCUCCCGUCUCCACCCUGGGGCUGCCCUAGUCCCAGUCUCCCGAGCCCUGUCCCCAGGCCCCCUCGCCCUGCAUCCCCAAGCAUCCUGCCUGCCGCCUCCUUCGCCCCUUCCGGCCCCUCCUGCCUCCUGGCCUGGGGAGGAGGGGCGUGGCCGCAUCUGCUCUUUGUCCUCCAACCCUGCAGAGCACCUCUGAGGCUGGCCUUGGCCGCAGGCCCCACUCUUCCCACCUGCCUCCUCACGUUUCCUCCUUGCAGGUCCCUGUCCGCACCCUCCCAGACCCAAGCCUGAGCUUGCAGUGAGAGCUCCUCGGCCCCGCGCCCGCCCCCAGAGCUGCCGCCCCUGGUUUGUAGCCUGGCAGAGCUGGCGGGAGGGGCGGAAGCAAGGAGGGUGCUCAUAUUUUUAUCUUUGGACUCGAGCCGAUUUUUGGCUGAUUCUCUCCACCCACCAAAGUCUCACAACUUAUCUGGUCCUUGGGGUGAGGCCCAGAGAACUGACAGAGUCCAGAGGUGGAGACUCUCACACUCAGCACUGGAGCCAGGCUGGGGAGGGGAGGACCAGCCGCGGGCCUCUGCCACACCCCGCAUGUUUAGAAGCUCCUGCAGCACUGCAUGUGGGUACUGUGUCCCCCUAGUUCUGUGGAGUGGGUGGACAGGCCAUGUGUGGUGUCCCUUGGCUGAGGAGCUGGCAGGAGCCUGCCAAGGAUUGUAGUGUGGCAGGAAAAACAUCUGCUCUCUGACUGGCUGACCAUAGCCUUCAGACAGCCUCAGCUCCCUGUGUGACCUUGGGCAAGUCACCGCCUCUCUCUGGGCCACAGUUGGAUUCUAAGAUGGGGGUGGACAGCUGUUUCCAGUGUCCCCUUUUUACCUGGGACAGCAGUGAUCUGCCGCCCAUCCCUGCCCUGCCACCAGGCUGCCACCACCAGCUUCUCCCCUCCUCCGUUCUGACUCCACCUCCUUUGGGCCGCAGCCCCACCCCCCUCCAGAGCCAGCCUGGGACUCACUUGCCUUUUUCUCUCCCUCUCUCCCUCCCUCCCCCCACUCUCCCCAACUUUCCUGUCCUGGCAUUACCCUGUCCUCACCCCCACCCCCCACCCCUGGAUUUCUGACCCCCUUUCCUCUCCCUCUGUCCCCCCCCCCUCUU